AUGAUAAGGAUUACAAUACUAAGCUAUUUGUUAGUGGUGGGAUUUCUCAGCGUCAAAGCUCAGGAAAGGGAGACAGAUGUAUUCAAGAACAUUUUUGAAAAGGAUGUAGAGAUGAACUGCAGUAGUGUAGAGGGAAAAGAGCGAGGAUGCUUAGACUGCUACAUAUGUGAUGGGGAUGCUUCUAAUAGACAAAUAAGUAGAGGCAAAACAUUACAUAAAAUUAAAUUGUAUAACAACGAAUGCGAGCGUAAGGAAUUCUGCUGCUUCUCUCAACAAGAUCUUACUGCUCGGAACACUGAUGAUCACUGUGGUAAGAGUGAACCUGAUGGGUAUCCACGCAAUGUAAGAAAGAACUUAAGAUCUGUUCUACAAGGCCAAUACCCCUGGAGAAUUUGGAUAUUCAGCAUAGACUCGACGGAACCAAUAUGUGCUGGAGUAUACAUCCACCACGGCAAACGAGCUGUCAUGACUUCUGCCACUUGUGUAGACUAUUACGUCUCACAAGACCUUCGAGUCGGAUUUACGAGGCAUCAUGGAAACAUUCGUGUUGGGAAUGAUUCAUUUAUAGUACAUGAUGAUUACAAUAGAGAUACUGGUAUCAACGAUAUCGCCAUACUUGGCCUUUCCCAAGAGGAUGCAUUGUCGCCUUGGGCCCAUCCAGCCUGCCUGCCAACGUCCAGCCCUCUGUUUGCAACCCCCUGUAUCGCUGUGUCAGAACAGGACUAUUAUCUCAACGCUGUUAUACCUAGACAAAGUAAUUGUGUGAUCGGCGGCAAGCCGCUAGAAGAGACGAGGCUAUGCGCAGUUGCGCCCAAAAACGACUACAUCCCAGAAGUGGGUGGGGGGCUGUUUUGUGAACAAGAGACUUCAAUGAAUAAUAUCAAUUAUGUCGUGAAUGGCAUCUAUCUCUCUAAGCACAACAGUCUAUCUGUCUACACCAACAUCUCACACUAUAUCAAAUGGAUAGACGAAACAAUUGAAGACUUAAAAAUA